UCCAGCACCAGCGGCGGCAGCAGCAGCAGCAGCCCCGUGUGCGUGGGCAGCAGAGGGCUGCCCUUCCCCUGCCCUUCCCCUGCCCUUGCUACUGCCGGCCAUGGGGGUCUUUCCAAGGGGACAGAGACCCCGGCGAGGGGGUGCCGAAGGGACCUGGUUGGCGGCGCUCCUCGCCCUCGUGCUGUGCGACUCGCUGUGGCCACGGCUCGCCCGCUGCGAGGCCAAGGACGUGUGUCUGGGUCUCAACGAGCAGCAGUACUACUGCGAGAGUGGCCACUGCUGCGGAGACAACGGCUGCUGCACCUACUACUACGAGCUGUGGUGGUUCUGGCUGCUGUGGACGCUGGUCGUGGUGCUGAGCUGCUGCUGCGCCUACCGGCACCGGCGCUCGAAGCUGCGCUCGCACCAGCGCGCCAGGCAGCGUCGCAUCGACAUGCUCGCCUACCGGGGGGCCUGCAACUACCCGGGCCCCCCACUCGACAUACGCCUCAUGGCCGUAUGCAACCUGCCGCCCUACGAGGAGGCCAUCCUGACCCAGGCCGACACGUCACCGCCGCCCCCCUACAGCGAACUGGGCCCCCAGCAGGAGGGGGGGCUCGAUGUGGGCCCCCCCCCCACGGCCAGCUCCGACUCCAGCCUGGGGGGGGCCAUGGUCAUACUUCACCGUGCAGACAGCUCCCCCGAACCCCACACGGACCCCAGCGACUACCGCCCCUCUGCUUCUCCUCCUCCUCCUCCCGCCCCUCCGCCGCCUUCUCCUCCUUCUUCUCCGGCCGCCACCACCGCCACUUGGAGCGCGACCUCCGAGGAUGAUGAGGGGGGCUGUGAGCCCCCGGUGGCGAUGAGGGCUCCGCAGGAGGAGGAGCACGGCGGGCAGGGUGCAGGACAAGGUGCUGGCGGAGAAGUGUGCGGCGUGGAGCCGAGCCGCGAUAAGGAAGUAGCAGUGACCCUGACCUCGACCCCGACCCCAGCCUCAACCCCAAACCCGAGCGUGACCCCGAGCGUGACCCCGAGCGUGACCCCGAGCGUGACCCCGAGCGUGACCCCGAGCGUGACCCCGAGCGUGACCCAAAGCGUGACUCAAAGCGUGACCCCAAGGCCCGGUUCCGGCAAGAAGCGAGCGCGCUUCUGUCCUCGUCUCGACGUCACUGUGGAGAUCACCGAUGGACAGGAGAGCAGGACCACGACACACCAGGAGGAACCGCUUGGUAACCAUGGCAAUGACGAUGAUCGUGAUGACGGAGGAGGGGGAGAGUUUGGGUGUGGCGACGACGACGAUGAUGGUGAAGAAACGGAUCAUUUUCGUCACCGCCGACUGACCGGAGAUUCUGGGAUCGACGUGCGACCUCCUGACCCUGUGUGUGACGAUGAUGAUGGUGACGACGAGGUCAUGGAGAAGGAUAAAGAGGUGGCACUCGUGCAUGGGAGACUCGCCGCAGAGCUGGGCGCCAAGGCCCACAAUGGGGGGCAGGCGAGCGCCUCCCAAAGCAGCCAGCUGGCGCGGACCCCUUGACAGCCCCCCACCAAUGAUAAGCCGGUCCUGCGCCAACUCUUGGGCUGCAGGGCCCCCCACAAAACCUGACCUGGGCCUCGCAAUCGGAAGGUUGCAAGUUCAAACCCUGGCUGGGAUUCUAAUUGGGGGGCCCCCCAACAACCACCCCACCAUCAUUAUCUCAAGGGGGGGUCGGUAAACUUAAUAGCGACACUCGUGCAGUGGCUGUGGUACAGAGGCUCCCGUCAUAUGAAUGUGGAAUGCGCUGGCUCGAGGUCACUAUCCGUUCUCGUGCGGGGGCCGUGCCGCCGCGUGCUGUUUGGCACGAUGUCCGACGUUCCGCUCUACGUGCCGAAUUAAUGAGCGCUGGCGUUCUCCCUCGAGUAUUCGCCGUCGCGAGUUCUCGACCCCGAUCGCUCGGUCCGGGCCACGGAACGCUCGGGGCUCCCGAAGCUGCUCCCGGCACGUGGAGCGGAACGUCGGACGACGCGCCCGACAACGCGUAGCGGCACGAUCCUCGGAAACGCGGAGAGGAGUGGGGGGUGAACUGCGGGCUGCGGUCACCCACUCCUGCCUCCACCCCCCGACCCCCCGACCCCCCCACACACGCAGCCCCUCCCCGUGAAAUGCGGCUGUUAGACUCGGCAGCUGGAGAUGCGGUCGCUGUGGAAAUGAAAAGUGUUCUGUCAUUGCAUGUUAACGCUUCAUAAGGUGUGGGGGGGCAAGUAUCUCGAGAGGAGGGUGGUCCAUACAAAUAGAGGGGACACGAUAUAACAACAAUAACGAUAAUAUUAUUACUAUAGUCAUUUAUUUACCUACGCACUUUGAUCCUUGGCAAUCCAGGAAAGGCUCGCUGUGCAUCAGGAGGGUCCUGCCCCUGGGGAUGUUGGGCCGACGUUCCCACGGUCCGCACGGAUGGGUUCCGCGUGCCCACUUGCUAUACUACCAUAUCCUGGCCACCUUGCCCACGGUCCCCAGUGAGGGUGCCAUCCUCUCCCUUUUGGGGUUUUUUUUGUGGGUCCCUAUUCAAAACUCAUUCAGGACGGCCCUCCCCCCGCCCACUCCCCUCUAAAGUUUCUAAAUCUGCCUCUUCCUGCAUCCCACGUUCACAUUGCUGUAAACACCACCAUCAACUCCUAGGGCCUCCUCCCCUGUGGCCGGCUACUUGGUGGGGGGGGGCCUGGGAACGGCGUGCAGCAGGUAGGGCCGUGGGUGCAGCACCACCCCGCACUCGCCGGCCAGGUCCGGGAGCAGGAGGGCGCCCCCCACCCCGGAUCGGGGGGCCUCGAAGCGGAACCUCUGCAGCAGGGCGGCGGACAUGAGCAGCAGCUGCAGGCGUGCGAGGGGCUCCCCCAGGCACACGCGGGGCCCCCCCCCGAACGGCAGGAAGGAGGAACCUUCGGGGGCCCCCGCCUGCAGCCGCCCCCCCUCCCAGCGCAGGAAGCGGCCUAGUGGGGAGCGGCGGAGGGCGACAUGGGGAGAGGAGAGACUGGAUUAGCAGGGUUUGGAGUUUGGGGGGGGGGCACUGAAAUUUGGGUCACGUGACCCAAUGGGAGGGGGCGGCAAUCGAGUUUGGAUCACGUGAUCCAUAUUGGGGGGGGGGGGGGUCGAUGAUGGAUUUAGAUGGCGUCCUGAGAAAUCUUAAAGCCACGCAGUCGGUUGAUGGCCUCCUCGCGAAGGCCGUGACUCCGCGUGGGGUUGAGUUGAGAGUUGUGCAGUGACUGGGGGCCCGGCCGCCCCAGAGACAUCCCAGGCGCACCGAUCCGAAGGAUGUCCACCACUCCCGGGUUGCUGGCUCGGUGGCGCGUGACGAGUAGCCACGGCGAGAGGUCAAUCGAAGGACGUGGUGUGCCUUGGUUACACACCGAUGGGUGGUGGCGAGACGACGAUGGCGAUGCUGAUGAUACAAUAAAGCGGUGGAUUUA